GAGUGAGUGUGUGAGAGAGAGAGAGAGAGAGUAGAAGAAGAAGAAACAGAGACGCUGUUGUCUUGUCUCUGAGUGUGAGUUAAGAGAGAGAAAGAGAAACCCCAUAAAAAUCCAACCCCAUUUUUCUCUCUUUACUUUCUCUGUCUACAAUCAGCUACGUUUCACCGGUUUAGGACCGUGCAAUGGAGCAGUACGGCCGGUCCAGUGAAGGCUCGCGGUCUGAUCCGUCGGCGGAAUGGACCGGAGCAGGGGGAGAAACCGGACUCGAAGAGCCUAUGUGGCAAUUGGGAUUGGGUGCUGGCGAGGAAUCGUAUCCGCAACGGCCCGAUGAGAAUGAUUGUGCCUACUAUUUGAGGACCGGGUUCUGUGGCUUUGGCUCGCGGUGUCGGUUUAACCAUCCCCUUGAUCGUGGCGCGGUUAUUGGAGCUGCGAGGACUGGAGGGGAGUUUCCAGAACGAGUAGGCCAGCCUGUGUGCCAGUAUUAUAUGAGGACAGGAUCAUGCAAAUUUGGUGCUUCUUGCAAGUAUCACCACCCUAGGCAGGCAGGAGGCACUGCUGCCCCUGUCUCACUAAAUUAUUAUGGAUAUCCGUUGCGACCGGGUGAAAAGGAGUGUUCCUAUUAUGUGAAAACGGGGCAAUGCAAGUUUGGCGCAACUUGUAAAUUCCAUCAUCCACAGCCUGCUGGCAGCCAAAUUCCAGCACCAUCGCCAGUUCCCCCAGUUUCGCCUUUACCUGUACCAUUACCUUCACCAUUAUAUCCAACCGUACAGUCUCCAUCUGGUCCUUCAUCACAGCAAUUUGGUGUUCUGGUUGCAAGGCCACCUCUGCUACCUGGGUCAUUAGUCCAGAGCCCCUAUGGGCCUGUGGUAUUGUCCCCUGCCAUGGUCCCUUUUUCUGGCUGGGGUCCUUAUCAGGCUCCUGGAACAGGCCCUGUCCUUCCUUCUAGUACUCCAUCUGAUGUUGGUUCGGCACAGCUUUAUGGGAUAUCCCAGCUGCCCUCAUCAGCAGCUGCCUAUACUGGACCUUAUCAACCUUCUGGUUUCUCAGCUGGUCCUUCAGGCAGUAUUCAGAGGGAGCAGUCAUUUCCAGAGAGGCCUAAUCAACCAGAAUGUCAGUAUUACUUGAAAACAGGGGAGUGUAAAUUUGGUCCAUCAUGUAGGUAUCACCAUCCACCAGACAUGAGUGCUCCAAAAGGGAAUGUGAUCCUUAGUCCUGCAGGUCUUCCUUUGCGACCGGGGGAACGACUUUGCACUCAUUAUGCACAGCGUGGAGUAUGUAAGUUCGGUCCUGCUUGCAAAUUUGAUCAUCCUAUGGGAUCUCUGAGUUAUUGUCCAUCUGCUUCUUCACUGGCUGACAUGCCGGUUGCACCCUAUCCUGUGGGUUCAUCAAUUGGCACUCUUGCUCUGUCAUCUUCAUCAUCAGAAUUGCGGCCCGAACUUAUGUCAGGAUCUAGCAUGGAGUCUGUCUCAUCCAGAAUAUCCUCAUCAAUUGGCUUGACUUUGUCGACUGGUGGAUCUGUUUCUCAAUCAAGCACUCAACCAUCUGCUCAGAGUUCCAGUCCUUCAGCAGCGGCCAUUACCACCACAAAUAGCAAUGUCUCUCACACCUAGAGCUAAGCAAUGUGAAUGCAUACCUCAUCAUUUCUCCUUUUUAUCUCAAUUCUUCAACCAGACAUCAUUAUUCAAGGAGGUCCUCAAAUAGGUUUUUUUUUUUUUUUUUUUUAAGAUAUCCAAGUUCCACGUUCAGUUCCACACUUCACACCAAUUAUCUUUAUGUUCAUAUAAUCUUUUUGUGGCCAUCCCUUUGAUCUUGAAUAAACAAUGGCCAACCUUGAGAAUUUUAGCAACCCAUACAACCACCUUGCUAUUGAAUAACUCCAAAGGACUCUGCAAGUCCAUUAUGCACAUGUCCAUCCACAUCUCCAAUUUUUGGAGUUUGUUGUGAUUAUUUAUGCUCCAAUCUUUUUUGGUAAGAGAAAAUUCUGUCCAGACUUUCAUUGACCAUGUGAUAAUGUCUCUUCACCUGAACCCUUUUUGAAUUUGGGAACAAUUUUCCAUUUCUGCUUCGAUAGUCCUCAUCAGUACUUUUUCCAACUUGUAUCUAGGGUUUACUGUGAAGAGAAGUAAUCAGGAGAGUACAAUGAGGCUUCACAUUGCUAUCUUAUAUGGUUUUAGAUACACGGUGGUGUUGUGACAAUGAAAAGCAUGACUUGAUACUUAAAUUUAUUACAGAAUACGUAUAUGAAGAAACACAUUUAAAUUAACACAUUUGAAUGUGUAAUAACCUUUUUUCUCCUUUUCUAUCAGUUUACCUGAUCAAGCUUUGAUGUGAGAUCAGGUAACUUUCCGGAGGGGAAUUUUUAUUUUUGUCACCCCCUCCCCCCUUG